AUGACCGAUCCUCUAUCUCCAGCGCAAUUCAUUCCGGCUCCUGAUUACGCUCUCUCAGGAUGGGGAAUGCGAUUCCUGAAUAUGCUCUAUAUCCUCGUCGAAUGUUCCCGUGACAUAUUUUGCUACAAUUUUAGAUGCGAUUUUGUGAGACUAGAAGAGCAGAAUUCCGUGGGUCUGGAUUGGUUGGAUCGUUUCGGACAAUCUAUCAGACAGAAGUGCAAACUUAAGCUGACUUUUGAAUUGCUUUUCAUAAGGGGCAAUGGUGCCAGCAUUGCUAGGAUCGUUCCUUAUGCAGCUUUGCAUUACAUGGCAUACGAAGAGUAUCGCCGAUGGAUCAUUCUUGGUUUUCCUAAUGUUGAGCAAGGGCCUGUUCUUGAUCUAGUGGCCGGAUCAAUAGCUGGAGGAACAGCAGUCGUAUCCACAUAUCCGCUUGAUCUGGUUCGCACAAAGUUGGCUUAUCAGGUCAAAGGUGCAGUGAACCUCAGUUUAAGAGAAUCUAAGCCCUCCGAACAGGUUUAUAAAGGUAUCCUUGAUUGUGUGAAAACAAUAUACAGGCAAAAUGGCUUGAAAGGCCUAUACCGUGGCAUGGCUCCAUCAUUAUAUGGAAUCUUCCCUUAUUCCGGUCUUAAAUUCUAUUUCUAUGAGAAGAUGAAGACUCAUGUUCCUGAAGAGCACAGAAAAGAUAUCAUACCGAAACUUGCUUGUGGAUCAGUUGCUGGUUUGUUAGGACAGACAAUAACGUAUCCCCUUGAUGUUGUUAGGCGGCAAAUGCAGGUUCAGGCGUUCUCAUUGUCCAACCUCGUGAAGGGGAAAGGAACAUUUGGAAGCCUUGUUAUGAUAGCGAAACAUCAAGGUUGGAAGCAACUGUUUUCAGGACUAUCUAUCAACUAUUUGAAGGUCGUCCCAUCAGUAGCCAUAGGGUUCACUGUUUAUGACUCGAUGAAGGAUUGGCUUAAUGUUCCAUCUAGAGAGCAGGCAGCUGUGGUUGUCCCUGUGUUGUCAGAAGACGGAAGUAAUGCUGCCCCUGUUCACUCCAGUUAG